AUGCAACGACUUCCUGUCGAACUCAAACAGCUCUGCAUAGAGGGGCUAGACGAUGAUGCCGAUGCGCUCAAGGCACUUCGAUUGGUUAAUAAAGAGCUAGGAACGUUAGCAACCAAAGCCCUAUUUUCUAAAGCAGUUCUCAACCCUACAGAUGAGAGUGCAGCGAUAUUCAAGAAGCUCGUGCAGUCCAAGUACAGCGAAAAUGUUCAAUGUGUGGUCAUUAAUACCUCCCUCUGUCCCGACACUGAAUACGAAUUUUACUGGUCGCGGGCGGAAGAAUCGGAAAUCCUCGAAAGCUUCACAGACGCAAUUGGCUUCCUGCAUAGCUUUCCGAGACUGGAUGGAUUGCAACUGAUCUUUGCCGUGGAAUGUGCGGCGUCUCUUGACACAUGGAUAGACGACGGAAGCUUCGAUAGAGAUGUGGAAGAGACGCCGCAAUUUCGAAGCGAGGUCCUGGGGACAGUCAUCAAUGCAUUGUGCGAAGUCCCUACGCUAAAGAGUCUAUCUAUCAAGAACCUGCAAGAUCAUAUGGAUAGGCAGCUCCUAGAAUCGGAAGUCUUUGGGGCUGUGAGAGAUAGAAUUACCAGGCUUCAUCUUCAGAUCACUACGGAACGCAAGAGACGACAUGCGCUUGAGCUGGAAGCUGUCCACCAAGGCUUCACUGUCGAUCUCCCGGGACUUUGGCUGAAACCUCUGUCAUCGCAAUUGACACAUCUCACUCUCUACAGCUACACUUGUAUGUGGGGCCUCUUCCCUUUCGUCGAGCUUCGCGACGUUGGGAUUUUCCCAUGCCUUGAGUCCUUAAGCUUGGGCAAUUACACCUUCGCGCACGACUGGCAGAUAGACUGGAUAUUGUCACAUGGACCAACUCUCAACCAACUGUUACUCGACGAUUGCCCCAUCGUCACGGCACUGAGAAUGAGGGAAGACAUGGCCAAAGUCGCUUUUCCUGGCCUGCCCACGUGGCCUGGCUCAAGCCACAUGGAUGAUAGUGUCGAUUACUUUACGCAAACUUCUUUACACUGGCACGAUAUAUUCGAUCGCUUUCAGUUCGGAUUACCUCAUCUUCAGCAUUUCGCAAUACACAACUCAUUUAUGCACUGGGCUAACGAUGCCUUUGACAACCGCUACAAAAUCUCCAACAUAUUGACCCACGACAGAUAUCAUGUCUUCGAUGUUGAAUCUGUGCAUCCGUGGCGUGAAUUUCACCCCUUUGGGCGGAAUGCUGAAAGCUAUGAGUUUUAUCGGCAGAAUCCUCAUCCAGAUUCCGAAGAUCUGAGUGUAAAGUUCCCUGAGUGUGACGAUGAAGAUGCGGAGGCACUGGAGCGAUUGAUGAAGGUGGUCAAUGCAAGAGCAGAAAGUGAAGUGUAG